GACACAUCAAGUCGGAUUUGCAUAAUCUCGGAGACAUCGUUUAUUCCACGUGAAGCCAACGCCGUGAGUGGACACGUUCACAGCCCUUCGUCUCAUUGCCUAGGGAGAGCCACUUGUUCCCAAGAACUUUCACCAGUGUCGAGGACCUAAUCGUCAUGGCAACCAACGCUGUAGCUCACCUGAGACAAGAGGAUAGGGACGGUCGUGAUAAGGAUCUUCCCUGUACUAACAAGUGUAGCACGUGUGACAAGCAAUUUCGUUGCCGUAGUGCAUUGGUGAAACACCUGCGCACUCACACUGGCGAGAAACCCUACAGGUGUGAGGAGUGCAACAAACAGUUCAGUCAGCUGAGUAAUCUGAAGAGCCAUAUAAGGUAUCACACCGGUGAGAAGCCAUACAGGUGUGAGCAGUGUAGCAAGCAGUUCAGUGACCCGAGUUCUCUGAAGAAGCAUAUUAGGACUCACACUGGUGAGAAGCCGUACAGAUGUGAGGAGUGUAGCAAACAGUUCAGUGUGCUGAGUUCUCUGAAGAGUCAUAUGAGGACUCAUACUGGAGAAAAACCAUAUCGUUGUGAAAAGUGCAGCAGGCACUUUGGUCAGCUGUGUAGACUGAAGAAGCACAUGAGGACUCAUACCGGAGAGAAACCCUACCGUUGCGAGGAGUGCAGCAGACAAUUUAGUGAGCUGGGUAAUCUGAAGAAGCAUAUGGGGACUCAUACUGGAGAAAAACAUUAUGCUUGUGAGGAGUGCAGCAGGCAGUUCAGUAAUCUGAGUAAUCUGGAGACUCAUAUGCGGACUCACACUGGAGAAAAACCUUACAGCUGUGAGCAGUGUAGCAAACAGUUCAGUCAGCUGAGUGCUCUUAAGACUCAUAUUAGGACUCACACCGGUGAGAAGCCGUACAGGUGCGAUCAGUGCAGCAAACAGUUCAGUCAGAUGAAUUCUCUGCAAAAGCAUAUUAGGACUCACACGGGAGAAAAACCAUACACGUGUGAGCAGUGCAGCAGGCAGUUCAGUGAGCGGGGUUCUCUGAAGAAGCAUAUGAGGAUUCACACUGGAGAGAAACCUUAUAGGUGUGAGCAGUGCAGCAAGCAGUUUAGGAAUCUGGGACAUCUAAAGAACCAUAUGAGGACUCACACUGGUGAGAAGCCUUACAGGUGUGAGGAGUGCGGCAGACAGUUCAGUGAGUCGGGUUCUCUGAAGACGCAUAUGAAGACUCAUACUGGAGAGAAACCUUAUAAGUGUGAGCAGUGCAGCAAACAGUUCAGUCAGCUGGGUCAUAUGAAGACUCAUAUGAGGACUCACACCGGUGAAAAACCUUACAAGUGCGAGGAGUGCAGCAGGCAGUUCUGUGAGCUGGGUCAGCUGAAGAGUCAUAUGAGGACUCACACCGGUGAGAUACCUUAUUCGUGUAAAGUAUGCGGUCGGGGGUUCCGUCACAAAGGUAAUCUGAACGUUCACAUGCGAACCCACGGGAAUGGAAGCCCCCAGUAACCUGUGUAAAGGUACAUGUAACAUGCAGCUUCGGUAAAACAGAGGAGAAACGUUUGCACGUGUAAGUUUGACACUACAGCAAGUUUUGUGCUUCUUUGAUGACUGUGGACUUUUUAAAGAAAGACAGUUAAGUUUUCUUAUGAUGUAACUGCGUUUACUCUAGAAAUGUGAAGACUAAAACUCCAAUUUGGUGUUUGAGUUGAAUUUCAAGAAUAGUCACGCUGUUAUCAUUUGGAAGAUGACUGUUAAAAAAUUACCGAAUUUUGAUUUUCAAAAUCGUGUGACAUUUCAUUCUUCUUUCAUUUUUCUAUUGUAUUGAAGACUAGACUAUUUCUCGUAGUAAUGCAUUCAUAUAGUUCUGUAUUAUAAUUGAAAAGAAUUUUUGUCCAACGCACGUAUUAGCUACAUUUUAAUGGAGAAUGUUAAUAAUGACGAUGAUCACAUAACAUUUAACAGGAUCCUACGUAGAAGACUAGAUGGGAUAUAAGAAUUGUGGCGUAAUCAUAGUUAAAAUUGUACCGUACUGUAGUUUAUAAAAUGCUGGUAUCAUGUAGCCGUAGCUGGGUGGUUAGAAGAAGAGUAUAUAGUAGACAUUUAGAUAUGAGUGUGCGUAUAACACAACUGCAUGGUAUAGAACUGUUUAAAGGAAGGAGACAUUGUCUUGAAAAUUGAACCUCAUCGUAUGAGAUUGUUGAAAGCUUUUGUAUCUGCCGCUCUAGCUUCAGUUGUAAAUUCGAAAGUACUGUAGUGUACAUUGAUUACACCUUUCUAUAUGUACAUAUGGUUCAAAGUGUAGAAUUAGAAUUCCUCUUGAGAUUUUGUAAAUAUAUCGUACUUUAGAUAUUUGCCAUUCACCAUUGUUGAAAUUAGCCUUACUAACGACAUGUUACUGAUAUGAUGUGAUGUACGUUCAACAAAUAUCAUUAUAUCUCCAACAAUAAAGCAACAUGCCUAAUUUAUAGCUUAA